UUUCCUAUAUAUAUUACACUCACAAAAACACGCUCUGAAAUCAUUCAAAAGAAAGAAAAAAAAAACAAUCUGAAAGUAUUUUGUAAUGGCAGAAAACCAAGAAGAAGGGGGCAAAAUCAUAUGGAAGAGGGGUAGAACAUUAGGGAAGGGAGGAUUUGCUUUUGUUUCAUUGGCUUCUACUGAGCCUCAUUCUGAUGCUGAUCCUCUCAUUCCAUCUUUAAUUGCUGUGAAAUCUUGCAUCUUCAGUCGCUCUCACUCUCUUCAAGAAGAAACCGAAUUCCUAAGAAUGUGUGAAGAUUGUCCUCAAGUUAUUCCAUGUUACGGAGUUAAAGUCACCCAAGAAGAUGACAUACUUCUUUACAACUUGCUUCUUGAAUAUGCCUCCGCUGGAAGUCUAGCUGAUCGUCUUUUGAAUAAUCAUGAUGAACUAGGCUUGCCUGAAUUUCAAGUUCGAAAACACACCAAGAAUGUACUUUUAGGCCUCAGUUUCAUUCACGGAAAAGGGAUCAUUCAUUGCGACAUAAAGCCUCACAACAUUCUUCUUACGUCUGAUGAUGAUGAUGAUGAUACGGAGGAGGUGGCAAAGAUCGCCGAUUUUGGGCUUUCCCUAACUUUGGAACAGAGCUGUACGCAGAAGCAGGGGCUCAGAGGAACUAAAAGGUACAUGGCACCUGAAUCCCUACUUAACCAGGAGUACGGUCCAAAAGCUGAUAUUUGGGCUCUUGGAUGUAUGGUUUACGAGCUGAUCACUGGGACACCCCUAUGGGAAUCAUCCAAUUCAGAUCCAAAGUUUGAUGAUGUGUUGCACCGGAUUAAGUAUGAGGAACCAAAUUUGGAGAAUGACAAACUGUCUACAGAUGCAAAAGAUUUCUUGAGAAAUUGUCUGGUGAAGAAUCCAAACACGCGGUGGACUGCAGACAUGCUCUUGAAUCACUCUUUUCUGAAAUCAGCCGAAAAUGUUCAGCCUGCAAAGAAGAGGAAGUGGCAACGUGGUUACAUGUCCAGUUUACGCAGGACACACCAAAAGAGAGCAUUCAGGACACAGCCACACAUUCGUGAUUUGGUUAUACAACAUUGAUGCAGAGUCUGAAUAUAGAACAAUUGACACUGUAUUAUAGUUUAUGCUUAUAGUUCAUUUACACGAAGACAACUUGCUGUAUGUAAUUUUUGGCCAUCAUUGAUGAGUGGCAUCAUUUUUUAUAUAUAAUACAUGCCUCAAUAAAAAGAUUGGGGAAUUCUAUUCUAUUUCGUUGUUUAAUGUUCAAUACUAGUCCAAUUUCAAAAUUCAAACUCUGUUACAGGAUUAAUCAAUGUUGUUUCUGCUUCUCAUAGUUGUCCUUUUGGUGUUGUCUUGUACAAAUCAGGAUGUUACAUGAAAUAAUCCAAAACAUGUCUUAUGUU